GCUACCGCGUCUGCGCGGACCGUCCGCUCACUGACCGAACGGCAUCCCUCCGAGCUAACGCGGGAAAUUUAAACUGAUCCAAUAAUAAAUUAAUAUUCCCGAAUUUAAUUCGGUUUUGUCUUUUUGUAUGGACUAAGACUGUGACGUAUAUACUGUGCCUGUUUUGUUUGUGCGUUGCGGAUUUUAAUCGGUUUUCGGGCAUGCAGUAGAGAUGGGGAUGUCUAAUUUAAGAUCGCUGCUUAUAGCAGCCAUCGUACUAAGUAAUUGCAUCCCAUGGAUAGCAUCCAGACACCACUUUAAAUAUAAUGUAAAUGGUCACCGCAGCAGACAUAGGCGGCAAGGUGCCGGACUCUAUCUACCAGCAUCCUACGUCAUACCCGGCGGAGAGGGUGAAGGGCCGUGGUCAAUGUGGGGGGAAGUGUCUGCCUGCUCCCGGACGUGCGGCGGAGGUGUCGCCAAGCAAAAGAGAAUAUGCCUAGGCAGUACGCUCAGUUCAGAUGGCCAGCCCCAGUGCAAGGGAGGUGACACCAAGUACUUCUCCUGCCAAACGCAAGAUUGCCCAGAUGGUGCCCUGGACUUCAGGUCUGAGCAGUGCUCCGCUUAUGACGACAAAUCAUUCAAAGGCAAUAGAUAUAGAUGGGUGCCAUACACAAAAUCUCCGAAUCCAUGUGAACUCAACUGCAUGCCUCACGGUGAGAGGUUCUACUACCGACAGCAGCCUAAAGUUGUGGACGGUACGAGAUGCAACGAUGAAUCUUUCGACGUCUGUGUGGAUGGCGUUUGUCAGCCCGUUGGUUGUGAUAUGAUGCUGGGCUCCAACGCACGCGAGGACAAAUGCAGACAAUGCCGGGGAAACGGCACUAACUGUCACACCAAUAUCGGCAUCAUUACCUCAACAGAGUUUAGAUUAGGGUAUAACGAUGUACUUUUAAUACCGCAAGGAGCCACAAAUAUAAUAAUUGCAGAAGUGAGGGCAUCAAGUAAUUAUUUAGCCCUGAGAGCGAAAACAGAUAACAUAUAUUACCUGAACGGCGAAUACCACAUCGAUUUUCCGCGAAGUUUAAUGAUAGCGGGCUCGCUCUGGCACUAUGAACGCAGCCAGCAAGGCCUCGCCGCUCCUGACAAACUAAGAUGUCUAGGGCCCACCACUGAGCCUCUGUACCUCUCUAUUCUACUUCAAGAGGAUAACGUAGGCAUCGAAUACGAGUACAGCGUGCCCUCGGCUCUGGCACCUCCCCCCAAUCAGAAUUACAACUGGGUGCACGAUGAGUUCUCAGAGUGCAACGCCACCUGUGGUGGAGGUUACCAACAACGCCAAGUCACAUGCCGGUCACGUGAUGAUUUGAAUAGGGUCGACGAUAACCUAUGCGAUAUCAACUUCAAGCCUGCCACCAAUCAGAGCUGCAACAUUGAUGCUUGUCCCCCAACGUGGGUAGAAGGACCCUGGGGAAACUGCUCCAAGCCCUGCGGACAAGGAGGCACAAGGUCCAGAGAGGUCUACUGUGAAAAAAUCAUCACUAAUGGUGUAACAUUCCGAUUUCAAUCGAAAGUAGCGGACAAGGAAUGUUUCGAUCUUCUAGGCCAAAAGCCCGAGGCCUUUCAGGAGUGUAACCAGAACGCAACCUGCCCUACAUGGUUCAUAGGACAGUGGACACAUUGCGAUAAAUUACGCGGUGUAGGCAAGCAAACUCGUCAAGUGAUUUGCCAUCAAAGGAUAAACGGUCGCGUCGAAGUGUUCGAGGACAAGGAGUGUGUUGAGGAGAAGCCUCCGACGGAGAAUCAGUGUUUAAUUCACCCUACAGAUGGCGUCGACUGGGUCCUGGGAGAGUGGUCAGGUUGUGAUACCUGCCUAUCGACUGUCCGAUCGCGAACAGCGCAAUGCACGACGAAGAGCCACGAAGUUAUAGAUUCCAAUUUUUGUUCGUAUCAUCCGACGCCAUUGCUGGAAGAGCCUUGUGACCCAGCUAAGUUACCGCCCUGCCAAGCACUGUGGUACGCCUCACAAUGGAGCAACUGCUCAGUACAGUGCGGUAAAGGUGUUCAAACUCGCGAUGUAUUCUGUGGAAAUUUUGAUGGAACCUUUGUUACUAAAGUUGAAGAUGAGAAAUGUGACAAAGAAACUAAAUUUAAAACCGAAAAGGAAUGCGAGGUUCCCAUUGAGAAAUGCCCAGCUAAAUGGUUUGCUGGACCUUGGUCUGAAUGCUCGGCACCUUGCGGUGGAGGCGAACAGCGUCGUGAGGUCAUGUGUCUAAACGGUGACAAGGAAUCACCCGACUGUCCUGAAGAUUUAUUAUUGGACUCAUCACGGUCAUGUAACGAAGGACCAUGUAAUAUAGAUCAAACAGUGCCCAUAAACCCGAAGACUACGCCUGUCAUUGAAGAUUACGAUUACAAAGAUUGUGAAGAGGAAGAUGAAUUUCCUGAUGAGAACGCUGAGGAACUUACCAGCGAAGAAAGAGCAGUAACGCUGUUUCCGGAUGAUACUCUGCAAGAUCUAAAAACCGAACCGGAAUAUUCAGGAGACGAUUUUACAACAGAAAGUGAAACAGAAGAUACAACGGGUACAACAGAUAUUAGCGGGUCUGAUUCAACACUAACGGAAACUACCGAAUUGGUGUCAGAUUCAACAGAAAGUAGUACAGAACUUAGUACAGAGGAGACUAGUGAGGCUAGUACUUCUAGCACAAUAACUGAAGAAGAUAUAACUGAGUCUACAAUCGCAGACCUAACUACACUGACAUUCCCUAGUGGAACCGCUGACGUUAGUACAACUGCAGACUAUGAUACAACAGAAGACAUUAGUACAACCACAGACUCAAGUACAACUGCAGACUAUAGUACAACUGAAGGCCUGAGUACAACCGCUGACCUCAGUACAACCACUGACCUAAGUACAACCGCUGAGCUUAGUGCAACCAACGACCUAAGUACAAAUGUAGAUCAAAGUUCAACCACCGAACUUAGUUCGGCAGCAGACCUUAGUACUUCCGCAGAUCUUAGCACAAGCGCAGACUUAAGUACUACUGCAGAAAGUAGUACAACCGAAGGCUUAAGUACAACCGAUGACCUGAGUACAACCUCAGAACUUAGUACUACUACUGACCUUAGUUCAACCGCUGACCUUAGUACAACCGUAGACCUAAGUUCAACCACCGAACUUAGUUCGGCCGCAGACUUUAGUACAACCACAGACAUUAGUACAACCACAGACAUAAGUACAACUGCAGACCUUAGGACAACCGAAAACCUAAAUGCAACCACAGACCUCAGUUCAACCACAGACUUAAGUACGACUGCAGACUAUAGUACAACCGAAGGCCUUAGUACAACCGUAGAACUAAGUACAACCGAAUAUCUUACUACAACUGCUGAACUCAGUACAACCGCAGACCUUAGUUCAAUCACAGACUUUACAUCAACCACAGAUCUCAGUACACUCUCAGACCUUAGCACUACCACAGACAUUAGUACAACCGGAGAACUUAGUACAACCGCUGAAAUUAGUUCAACCAUAGACCUUAGUACAACUGCUGAAAUUAGUUCAACCGCAGAAUUUAGUACAACUACAGAGCUUAGUGCGACUGAUGACCAAAGUACAACUGCAGACCUAAGUUCAACGACAGACCUUAGUACAACAUCAGACUUAAGUACAACCUCAGACUCUAGUACACCUACAGACUUAAGCACGACCACUGGCCUUAGUUCAACUCCCAUUGAAUACACUACCGCUUCUUGGAUAUGGACCAGUUCAACAGCGCGAAAACGGCAAUGUAAACCAAGAAAACCGAGCUGUAAUAAGAGCAAAUUCGGUUGCUGUCCGGACAAGAGAACGCCAGCACCUGGACCGUUCGAUGAAGGUUGCAAGGAACCAGACACCUGCAAAGAUUCUGAAUUUAGAUGUUGUCCCGACGGCGUGUCACCAGCCAGUGGCCCUCAUUAUAAGGGAUGCGAGAUAGCUCCGUGUAACCAAACUCUUUAUGGAUGCUGUAAGUCAGACAACGUCACGGCAGCUGAAGGUAACGAUCAAGAGGGUUGCCCGCCUGCCUGCAAAUCAUCUAAGUAUGGUUGCUGCAACGAUGAAAUUACCGAAGCUAUUGGUCCUGAACAUGAAGGUUGUCCAGAAACAGAAAUAACAAGCACCGAACCUACAAGAACCGAAGCAGCCACACUUCCAACAACAGAACUUGGAAACUGUGACACGACAGAGUUUGGAUGUUGCUACGACAAUGAAACUGAUGCCUCUGGGCCCAACGGGGAGGGUUGUCCGUGCAGUAUUAGUGAAUUUGGUUGCUGUCCCGAUGGUAUCACAACAGCGAUGGGUGCCAACUUGGAAGGUUGCAUAAUGUCUUGCAAUACAUCUGCGUACGGUUGUUGCCCUGAUGGUGAGACACCAGCUCAUGGACCAGAGUACGAAGGUUGCUGUCUCCAAAAUGAAUUUGGCUGCUGUCCAGAUAACUACAACCCAGCUAAGGGUCCUCAUCUUGAAGGUUGCAGUUGUCAAUAUGCUCACUUCGGCUGCUGUCCAGACAAUGCAUCAAUAGCCCAUGGACCGAACAAUGAGGGUUGCGGUUGUCAGUACACACAGUUUGGUUGCUGUCCAGAUAGGCGCACAGAAGCACAAGGCCCAGAAUUUGAAGGAUGCGGUUGUCAUACAUAUCAAUUCGGCUGCUGCCCUGAUGGCAUCACUAUCGUUACCGGACCCAACCUCCAAGGAUGUCUGUGCAUGCAUUCCAAGUAUGGCUGCUGUGGAGAUGAUGUUACAGCCGCUAAAGGACCCAAUAAAGAAGGAUGCGAUUGCUCCAACAGCAAGUUUGGCUGUUGUCCUGAUGGAAUAACUGAAGCUAAAGGCAAAAAGUUCCUCAAUUGUUCUGACAUACCUGAGAAAAAACAAGUGGCCUGCGGAUUGCCCCAAGACAAAGGCCCAUGUGCGAACUUCACCGUGAACUGGUUCUAUGACGUAUCAUACGGAGCUUGCGUACGAUUCUGGUACGGUGGCUGUGAAGGCAACGGCAACAGAUUUCUUAGCCAGGAUGAAUGUGAAGAUGUCUGUGUACGACCCCCACCAAAAGAGUCUUGUGACCUACCAAAGGUAAAAGGAAUUUGCGAGGGAUACAAUGUCCGAUGGUACUACGAUGGGUCUCGGGAGGAAUGUUCUCAGUUUGUUUACGGCGGGUGUUUGGGAAAUAACAAUAACUUCGAUUCAAGGGACCUCUGUCUGGAACGUUGCGAGCCAGAAAAAACCGAAGAUCAAUGCAAUCUGCCGAUCGAGCAAGGCUCUUGUUCUGGGAACUUCGCCCGGUGGGGCUACAGCAUGGAACGCCGGCGCUGUGAACAGUUCAUCUGGGGCGGCUGCGAGGGCAACACCAACCGCUUCAGUUCCGAAGCGGCUUGCAUGCUUCGAUGCAACCCACCCGGCGCCCCGUUACAGGCGUGUUCACUACCACAAGAUAAAGGAAACUGCACCGAGAAGCAACCUGCCUGGUCCUUCAGUCCCACGGAGAAUCGCUGCAUGCCUUUCUAUUUCACUGGCUGUGGUGGAAACGAGAAUCGCUUUGACAGUGAACAGGCUUGUGCCAGGGCCUGCCCGAGUUCAUACGUCCAAGAAAUAUGCACGCUUUCGGCUCAAACUGGUGAAUGUGCAGAGUAUACUCGAAAAUGGUACUACGAUACGACACACAAGAGAUGCCGUGAGUUCUACUACGGUGGCUGCGGUGGUAACGAGAACAACUUCGUGUCAGAACUCGAAUGUGAAAACCGAUGCAUGGAGCAAACCACCACGACAGUGGUACCUCUGACCACGGUAACAAUGCAGCGCACCCCACCAGUGACAAAGGCUCGACCUGAUGCCGAUUUCUGCUUGGAAAAACUUGACUUUGGGAGUGCGUGCGAACAAAUUGAGCAGCGUUGGGGGUACGAUUCUACGAGAGGCGCGUGCACACAGUUCCAGUAUGGAGGCUGUGGUGGUAACCGCAAUAACUUCCCCACGCUGGAGUAUUGCCAGUACUACUGCGCACCCGCAACGGAUAUUUGCCAAUUACCGAUGUAUUCGGGCCCGUGCGACGCGUCUCUAAUGCGUUGGUUCUAUGACUCGGCCACAGACUCCUGCAGUCAAUUCACGUACGGUGGAUGCGAAGGAAACGAAAAUCGAUUUGAUUCGCUGGAAGACUGUGAACGACAAUGCAGAUCUAGAUCACCUACGACAUCAACGACGACUUCUACCCCCACGUUGGCACCGGAGUACAUACCAGUCGAGUGCCAAGUGUCGCCCACGCUGGAGCAGUGCAGCGAGGUCGGCGUUGUGUGGUACCUGGACGAGCAGCAACGCGCGUGCGUGGCACACAUCAACGGGUACUCCGGCUUCGUCUGCAGGAACACCGGUGCCUAUCCGUCCCAGGAGGCCUGCGAGCGCUCCUGCGGCGUAUUCCGAGAUUUAGAUGUAUGCCUGUACCAAGUAGAUCCAGGCCCAUGCGGAGAAUCGGUCCCUAAAGUAUAUUUUGACCACAACACGGGUCGUUGCGAGCAAUUCGCUUACGGAGGAUGCCACGGUGGGCCCAACCGCUUCUCAUCCGUCCAAGAGUGCGAGCAAGUCUGCAGACCAGCCGUAAUUGAUACCUGCCAUCAGACCCCGGAGCGGGGCGACUGCCAAGAAUAUUCGUACAUGUGGCAUUACGAUGGGGAGCGUGACGAGUGCAGGCAGUUCAUCUACGGCGGCUGCAACGGCAAUGAUAACAGGUUUGGAACGCGCGAAGAAUGCGAAAACCGAUGCAAGAAAGGCACGACGACUGUCGAAAUCAGUUUUACAGCAAAAACGACACCCAUGCCCGCCAGUACCCCAACCACGAAUCCGAUGACUACAAUUGCUCCAUUUGAUCCUAACGAAAUUCGCAAUCCACCGGAGUGUACGACCCCUGAAUCAAUUGCUCCCUGCGGCAGCAACAUCACGGUAUAUUAUUAUGACACAAGAAAACAGACUUGUUUGAUUGGCGAUAUUGGUGGAUGCCAACAUCCGAACAGCUACCACAGUGAAGAGGAGUGUGAAAGGAGGUGCGGAGCCUUCAAAGGAGUUGAUGUGUGCGCUGCUCCCCUCGACCCUGGCCCUUGUCUUGCCUCAAUCCCCAAAUUCUACUGGGAUGUAGUAUCUGGACAAUGCUCAGAAUUUGCAUUUGGAGGUUGUCUUGGCGGACCUAAUCGAUUCUCGAGCCAAGAGGAAUGCGAGGAAGUCUGCAGUUCAACUGGACCAGAGCCGGCGUGCCUGCAGCAGGUGUCCACGGGUGAGCCGGGAUGCGGUCUGCCUUCUCGACGCUGGUACUAUCACAACGUCUACGGAGAGUGCCUCGCCUUCGUCUACUCCGGCUGCGGAGGCAACGACAACAACUUCCCUUCCUACGAAAAGUGCGCUGGCGCUUGCAGGAUAUCGGGCCCCAUCGUGGAAAAAGAUAACGACCCAGGCUGUGAUAGCUACGUGGCGGAGUGCGCGACGCUGAGUUGCGAGUACGGGAUGCAGCGCAUGCGCACGUCAGGUGGUUGCGAGCGGUGCGUGUGCGUGCCCGUCGAGGUGAACUGCGCGCCGCUGCGCCAGGAAUGCGAGACUCUUGAGUGCAUCUUCGGCAUCGAGAGAACCACCGGCUCCGAUGGAUGCGAGAGAUGCCGUUGCAUUGAGGACCCGUGUAUCAACACUAGAUGUGCGGGUGACGAACGUUGCGUAAUCACCCCCUACAAGGACCCUAUUUCGUACGGCGACAUCCGGUACACGACAGUAUGCAGAAUGGUCAACAAGACCGGUACGUGUCCACCGAGAGCUGUGCACUCUACAACGGAGGGUCAAUGCCGAAAUGAGUGUAGGGACGAUGCUGACUGCGUCGGCGUUGGCAAGUGCUGCGAGCGCGGUUGCAGUAGCCUCUGCCUCGAGCCUGUCUCCCUGGUACUCUCCAGCCCUGCACCCCCAGAUACCACAUUUUCUCCUGAUUUGCCAUAUGCGCCGCGACCUAGUGAACAAAGAGAGCCUGAAGUGCGAGCCCAAGAAGGUGGAAAAGCAGUACUGCGUUGCUUCUUGCACGGCAACCCACCGCCGAGGAUCACAUGGCGAUACGGCGAGAUCACAAUCGAGGGAGACUUAGGCCGGUACAGGAUGUUAUCAGAUGGAGCGCUUGAGAUUGUGUCUCUUUACCGCAACGACACUGGCGUUUACAUCUGCGUGGCGGACAAUGGUAUCGGCAUCGCCACGCAGGAAAUACGACUCGAAGUGCUUGAUCCUGAGGAAGGACCGGCUGGUAUCUCCGGGACCCCUAACGCAGUGAUUAUGGGCGAGAUGGGCCGCCCGCUUAGCAUCCGCUGCCUCGCGUACGGCUACCCGCAACCCACCAUUUAUUGGUACCGCGGCCAAUACGGCCCCAUGGUACCUUAUAGCAGCUCCUUGUACGAAGGCAGAGGAAACGUACUUCUAAUACGACAGCUAUUGCCCGAAACUCUCGGAGAGUAUAUGUGCCAAGCUUACAACGGGCAUGGCCAGCCGGCGGACUGGUCGUUCGAAGUACGAGCGCAAAGUUUAGAAGAAUCCGACGAAUUCCCCAACGUUGUGUCCCGACAGACUGAGCGAUCUGUGAAUGCUUAUGAGUAUGUGCGACAAACUGAACCGACCACCUCUACGACGGAACGAACAACGGAAAUUGAUAUACCCUAUACCGUACCGGUAAGGACGCGCAUCGCGACAGACCGCACUCGGCUCACGGCCGGAUCAGAGAUCAACCUGCCCUGCGACGUAGACGGCUUCCCCGUGCCGCAAGUUCACUGGACAAAGGAUGGUCUUCAGAUCCAACGGCCGCCGGAUAGCGACAGGAUUUAUGUCACAGAGGCGCGGUUGACAAUUUCGCGCGCAAACAUCAACGACAGCGGAGUUUACGGGUGCCACGCCAGCAACGGGUACACUUCGGACUACUCUACAGUGCAGAUCAGCGUGGAAGGGCUAUACAUACCACCGAAUUGCAAGGAUAGUCCGUACUUCGCAGAUUGCAGCUUGAUAGUGAAGAGCAAAUUCUGCCAUCACAAGUAUUAUUCCAAAUUCUGCUGCAUGUCCUGUGUGGAGGCCGGGCAACUCGACCCCAACGAACUGGAGAUGCAAGCUGACACAACGUGGCGAAAAAAGUAGAUACCAUCUCAAAUCAACGACCAUCGAUUUCGACUACGCGGAUACUAUGAAAACACAAGUAGUACCUAAUUUAUAAAUAUACCUGCUUCUGUAUUGUAUUAUUUUCCACAGUGAAGUUGCGUAGGGGGAGUUGAGAAGGCAUGUCCCUAUAAAUACCGUAAGUUCAAAAGUGAAAAGCUCCUAUUUCAAAUAACUACGCGGCAAAAAUUAAAUACGCGUCGACACUUCUCUCCAUCUUAGUAAUUCUUAAAACAUUAAGAACAAAUUAAGCACUUAUGGUUUGCACUUUUCCAGUUUUUUUUUUUUAGAAGAAUAAUGAAAGUAAGAAACGAGAAUUUUGUUUUUAUUUUAGUGAGAUAACGAGAUUUGAAAAUCAUGAGCAAACAAUUUUAGCUCAGCACCGGGCGACUCUCUCACUCUCCGUAUCACGCUACACCACUGAUUUGCUAACAGUUACCAACCGGUCAUCUUCAUACAAAAUACAUGAUCUAACAGCACCGAAGGCGAACCAAAUUUUGUGUGGAAAUGACAGGCAACCACAAGCCACCUGUUGGUAAUUGUCAGAAAAUACGGGAAACUAACACAAUACGGGAUCUAGGUGAAUAGUAAGUACUUGCAAUAGCGAUAAUCUUCUGCAAGUGUACCUUUAGAUAUACACUUUUAUAAGGUAGGUAUCUUUAGUGAUUGUGAGGCAAUUUGACCACAGAUCACAAAAUAAUACUCAAUUCAAUCUCAUUGAUCAGUUUAUACUGUAAAAAUUAAUGACGUUUUAAAUAAAAGGAGGUCGAUAUACACUGACGACAAAUUAAACGUUAUAGAUACCUACUAAUACAUAUAAAAUAGAACAUUUCAUUUUACUGAGUGCUAGUAAUUUAGCCAAGUUUUAUCUCGUAGGUACCUAUGUAUAUCUUUUUUUUACUUAAAACACCAUUGCUCUUAAUGAUUAAAUAAUAUAAGGUAUGGUUUUAUGUUUUAUAUUAGGAAAAUUUAAACCUUUUGGUGCCAUACAUUUUUCAGGAUUGCAAUAGUAAAGUUUUUUGUUAAUUUUAUAUGAGUUGUCUUUCACGAGGAAGAACUGCGAGUGUGAGUAGGUACUAGUAGGCUAAUAACGUGGGUACUGUAAUGGUGCCUACUGUACUCGUAGAUAGGUUAAUGUAAGUGUAUAUAAAAUAUUGUCACAAAUAGUUCCAUCUGUGAUGGAGAUUAAUAAUGGUUUAACGCUGCGUAUUGUGUUCUCCCACAAACUGUGCUUCGUACAUCUGUUCCCUAGUAAAUAACUUUGCGAGGGUUUUCAAAACGAUGCAGGUUUAGGACAGCUCUGAUUCUAUUUAAAUUUCUUGACAAUUCAGUAUCAGUUAUCAAAAUUUACUCCAACUUUUUAGUGAUUGAGGCGUCCUCUGGCACUCUCAACCUCACAGGUCCCAAACACGUCUUUAUGAACCAAACGAUCAAUGAUUCUUUAUCCCAAAUAGAAUGACACUGAUACAACCUCUGCAUCGCGAAUUUCUAACAUGACGUUACGGAAGUUUCCAUCCAAUGCCUACGUGUAGAGUUCCGAGCCUCACCUAUAGAUGUUCUCUCUAAUUUCUUCGAGCCCUAGGGCUCAAUUUCUUUUAAAAUUUCUGCGGUCAUCCCACCUUGCAACGAAAACUCUGGUUAACCACACAUCUCCAAUAAAAAAAUAGUUUCUUGGUGGUGGUGAGGUGUCAGAAAUUUGAUGGCCAAUAAAUUAAAAUUGAAUUGAAUUUAUGCAGUUUUGCAUAUACGCAUAGCUAAGUUUUUGGGUGAACACAGUGGAUAAGCUUCUUUAGAUAGAUUUUUAUUAAAGAGUUUUCUAGUUCACAUAAAUAGAGGAUUUUCAUAAUGAGAAAAAUACUCUUAUAUCUAAAGCGAUAUUAUUUCAUAUAUCUUUCGAUUUUGUAUUUUCAAUAAAAUGUUCCUGACAAUAAAUUAUAAUAAUUUUGGUAAAUGUUGGAAUUUUGGGCACGUAUUUAUUGUUAAUAAAAUGGGCAUAGCCAUUGUUCAUGAUAAAAUAAAUACCAAACUUUAAAUAAUGCUGCACCAUAUGGGAUGUGUAACUGUAACACUUAAUUAUUGUACUGGCUCACCCAUAACAAGAUGUUGAGAAAUUAUAAUAUAAAAUUAAAUUCAAUACUUAGAUGUUCAGGAGUCCUCAAAAAAUAUUUAAGUUUUAGAUAUAGGCCUUCAAAAAAAAGUUCUAAAAUCAGUGUGUAAUUUGAACAUAAUAAGUGUAAAGAGUAAUAAUAAUAUUGUGAGUCAUAAUAAUUAGUUACAUGAGGAGUUGAAAAGGACCAUGUAAAUAUACCUAAAAUAAAAUUAAGUGAAGAUAAAUGUGUA